AAUUUUAAUUAUAGGCCUUAAAAUAUAGAAGCGAAUCCCUCAACCCCAGCUUUGCUUAGCUUUUGCCGCAUGCUUCGUUGAGUUUUGGUUUUCAUUUUCGUUUAGCCUCUCUGUUUUCGGAUUUGAAAACUUUUAAGUUGUGUCCAAAACCUGCCCACCGGCCUUAGCCAGUCUCUGACAGUUGGUUAACGUAAACUUAAAUUCAGUUGCCAAUCGACCGCGUUCAAAUCAACAGCUUUGCGGCGCUUCGAAAAUAUAAGCGGUCUUUACGAUCCUUAAAAACAAAACUGAAUAACUGUUUCUGCAUUUAUUUUAAUCGAGUUGUAACAUUUAUACAAAAUGUGCCUCCUGCCCGGUCGUUUCAUUUGGUCAGCGUUUUUUGUAACGAUGGUGGGUCUAUCCAUAAUGGUCGAGGCCAGACCCCAGAGGAAUCUGCAGCACAUUGCCGUGGUGGAGAACGCCGCCUGGGAAAAGACCCUACCACAACAGUUUCAAAAUCCCUUCUACAACACACCAAGGGUGAGGGACGCCCUGGCCAGAUCCAGUUGGUUUGGACCCGGCGAAGAGGUGGUUUAUGACCGUCAGGCUGAGAAAAUUCCACGCAUGGAAAUCUACAAUGUGCUGUCCCAUGCUGGUUUAAUACCACGUCGGCGUUUUCUUUAAAUUAACAAAUAUUUUAACAUCGUUUAUCUACUGUAAUAUUAUGAAAAUAA